UUGGCUACGAAAGGUUAACCACAUAUUAGUGUAAUUUUACCCCCAAACUUGCAGGGACCCUCUGGAUAUCAGCUAAUUCUUUCAUCAUUUCAACAAUUAUGUUGUGGAUUUUUCUACUCCAGCUCACCAACAGCGUGAGAGGUUCAUCUGGAGCGGACCAUGAGACUCUGUGCAGGUCUAACACCUGCUUCACCAUACAUAUGGACGAGGUGAGCUUUGCGAUGGCCCAAGAGAACUGUGUGAACAACGGAGGUAAUCUGAUGACGAUCAGAGACACAGAAGAAGAGAAUGUGCUGCGUUCGCUUCUCUCACAGAUCAAAGGACAACGUCAGGACAAGGUGCUGCAAUUUUGGAUUGGAUUAAAACUGAAAAGAGGGAAGUGUGUGUUGGCUGACAAGACUCUCAGAGGCUUCAUGUGGGCAUCUGGCGAGGACGAUUCCCAGUACUCCAACUGGGGAGAAGAACCUGUCUCCACCUGCACAGAGAGAUGUGUGAGGGUUAGUUACACGCUGGGUCAGAAUCAACUGAAGUGGACAGCUGGAGCUUGCAAAAGCCUGACUUUCUAUGCAUGUAAGUUUUAUUUUAAGGGAAUGUGCAAACCUUUGACUCUGAUGGGGUCUGGGGAACUAAACUACACAGUGCCCUUCUCAGAAAGGCCAGAAAGAAGUGACCUGAAAUCAUUUCCACACGGAACUUAUGCUUCUAUUAUCUGCAGUGACCAACAGCUUCACUACUCUGUGUGUAAGGGGUCUCGCUGGACAGACCCUGGUCCAUUUUGCAAAACAGGAGAGCAGCAUUGCGCAAUCAAUAAUGGGGGAUGCAAAGAUUCAUGCCAUCAGGAUGGAGGGGAAGUCAAAUGUUUUUGCAAAGAAGGUUACGACCUAGAUGAGGAUGGACUCUCUUGCAGGAUAAAAGACCUGUGCAGGGUCGCUACAUGUGAGCAUCAGUGUGUGAUGGAGGAGACUGGAUAUUCCUGCAAAUGUCCACAUGGUUUCAAACUGGAUGAAAACCAGCGCAACUGCUUUGACAUUGAUGAGUGUCAGUCCCAAGCCUGUGGCGACAAUUUGUGUGUAAAUACACUGGGAAGCUACACGUGUGAGUGUAAAGACGGCUAUGAAAAGGUUGAUGGUGAAUGCAUUGAUGUGGAUGAGUGCAUACAGUCAAGAUGUGAGCACGGCUGCUUGAACAAUAUUGGAUCCUUUUCCUGUUACUGCAAUCAAGGUUUUACUUUAUCCCAGGAUGGCCACUCUUGUGUAGACAUAAAUGAAUGUAACAGUAGUCCCUGCCACUACAUGUGCAUCAACACUGCAGGCAGCUUCUCCUGCUCGUGCCCAGGGGGCUUCCAUCUGGAGACUGAUGGAUCGGCCUGCGCUCCGGAUGGGUCCGAAACAUCAGCUGCUCCACCAGAUGACCCAGCUGAUGAGGAAACACAUGAGAACUUCACUCGGUCCUUGACGAGAACCACAGUGGAGCUCCAGCACCAGUCCCCUCAUACUGACUCACCACUUCCAGACCUGGUGAACGUUACACACAGCGGUCAGCAGAGCAACGUGUCCCUGCCGGCAAGCUGGGUCAAGACCGUCAACUCAAGGCUCAUAGUCUGUGUCCUCGGCUCAGUCAUCCCUCUGCUCGUGAUCGUCACAGUGAUAUUAGCUAUUGCAAUUUUUCGAUGCAGUCGCUCCAAAAAAGAAGCCAAGAACAAAACAACAACAGACGGUUACUGUUGGGUGUCAUCGGGUCUAGAUCCACGUCUAGAGAAACUAUACGAGUCCAUCUCCACUGAUGACCUAUGACCUAAUGGAGGAGACUGUGUGCAUAAUGUUUAUUUAUCUAAUUUAUGUCUUUGCACUUUCUGUAAGUUAGGCGGUGUAUUGUUUUGUAUUGAUUACAUAUCAAAUCACAAAUCAAAGUAAAAGACAGAAAGACAGACUAUAGAGGGGAAACAAGUUGGGUAAAAAAAAAGUAUAAAAAACACGACACAAAGUGUAAAUACAUGCAUGUUUUGCUAUAAAGGGUAUGUGAGGGGCUCUGUGUUACUAGACUGACUGUAUGUAGAGAACUGAUGGAUUGGUUUGGCUGUUUGCUGUUUGUUUACUGACAUGGUGAAAUGUACAUAUGGGUCAGAGGACUUCAUUUAAUGCCAAGAUCAUUGUGCUUCUUUUGAAAUAUGUCUCAUCAUCAGCAGCCAUAUUUCCUGCUAUUUACCCUGGUCCCCUCCAAGCCUGCUAACAGAAGCAAUAUUCAGAGGAUCCCCCUGUCAUUGUUAUAUCAUCAUAUGAUUGGCUAUUCUCACUAAAGCAUUAAAAUGUAAGCGUUACAUUAACGCUGUCGCUGGUUGAAGUGAUAUAAUCCUUAGUAGUUCAAUCUAUAAUUAAUCGUUUCUAGAUGUAAUGUUCCCAUUCACAUCUGAAAUGUUGUUAAGAAUAAAGUGACAAAAUGAUGAAGUAAUGUGACUUUAAUACUGCACUUAGGUAAAUACACAUUUACAUUUAUACAAAAAUGGGGCAUUUUUACACAAAAGCAAUCAAAUACAUUUUCAAUGCAGAGAGGAGGUUGCACAGGUGAUUGUGUUGCUGUAAAAUA